AGAUAGUAAUGGUUACCCAGCAGGUUAUAAUAUAGAAUAAAGGAACGGGAACGCGCUGCGUGGUGGAGUGAUUAGCGUACUGUAUAGCUCUGGAAUCCGCACCUCCUGGCAAAUCUCAGCCUGGCACCCAGCUGUUCAUACUCCCCCUCGGGUGUUGUACCGAAAUUUUCCCCGUCCGAAAUCGUCCCACUUCUGCGAAGUACUGUACUGCAGUACUGCUAUUACUGUUUAUUGGGUCAUUUUCAGUUCCACUACAUCACACAGACACCGUACCGUACCGUACCGUUGAUGAGGUUUCAGGCCCCGGUCCGCCACCGUAGCAGCGCUCCACAGGGCCGCUAACAUUAUAACAACUCAAUGACCAAUGAGAUGAAGAUGAGCACCGAGGCCACGUGCAGCUGUAAAGUACGCCCCCGACUUUACUUUAUCCUUACUUUCUAAUGUUGGGGGCCCUUCAAUGCUGAUGCAUGAAGCAGGCAGUUUUUGUGUUACUGAGUAACAGCAUCACCAAGUAAAGUUACCAAGCUCCAGCAAAUGCUGUGAUCAAGACCCACCAAUAACAGUAACCAAGUUCUGCCAAAACCUAACCCAGCAAAAUAACUAGAGCCAACAUCAUGGCAGGAAUUCAGCGUAAAGACUACCUGCGGCUGCUGAUUGUUCCUGUGGCCUUCACUAGCGUUUCACUCUUACUGUGGCUCCUCUUCAUCAGUAGGCCAGCCCUCAAGACUGGUACUAGCCCUGAUCUCCAUUUUCCAAAAUCACUUCAAGAUUUACAUGCACUAGUGAGUCUGACAGCCUCAUACAAGCAGGACCACUGGUACUAUGUGCUGUUGCUAUUCUGCUCGGCAUACAUAUACAAGCAGACCUUUGCCAUACCAGGCUCAGCACUGCUGAAUCUAUUAGGUGGAGCUCUGUUUGGGUGUUGGCCAUUGGGUUUUCCUCUGUGUUGUGUGCUCACUGGCAUCGGGGCAUCUAACUGCUUCCUGCUCUCACGUCUUGUAGGGGCAAAUAUAGUGAAGCACAAGUUCACAACCAAAAUCAAAUGGCUUCAAGAAAAGGUGCAUGAGAAUGAGCACCAGUUAUUCCUCUUCCUGGUGAGUCUGCGUGUGUUCCCCAUGACACCCAACUGGUUUCUCAACGUGACUGCUCCUUAUGUUGAUGUACCAUUGCCGAUGUUCUUCCUCUCCGUGCUCAUUGGUUUGCUUCCGUACAACUUCCUUUGUGUUCAGGCUGGAGACAUGCUGUCAGACAUUCAGUCCAUGGAUGAUGUGUUCACCCCCAAGAGGCUACUUGGCCUCAUUACUCUUGCUCUUGUGAUGUUUACGUUAUCCUACUUUGCUCGUAAAAGUAAAACAAAACGUAGUGAAUAGUCACAUCAGUAAAAUAUCUGUGUUAGUUACAUUUAAGUAGAAUAUGUGUGGGUUGUGAAGUGUGAUGUAUACUUAUAAGAACUAUUUUUGUAAAAGCAGCUGUAGCUAUGGUGACAUUUUUGUCAUAUUUUACUCAUAAAAGAAAACAAUUCUUGUUACCAAAUUGUUUUAAUAACGUAUUGUAAUGUAGUUUCGAAAUGUCAGAAUUUGUAUGGGUAAACAUUAAGGGGCCCGGCCGUUUUUUACCCUUUUUCCUUUAUUCAAUGAGUUAUAGUCAUGAUGUAUAUACCAGACAUAAAGGACACCCUAUGCAUAAGAUUUAGCCCCUCAAAAAGCAAUCUAUCACCAUUCCAUUUUUUACCAAUGACCUUUUUUUGAAAAUUUGAAGUGUUUUUGAAAAGGCUAUUUCUACUAUAAUAAUUGCUCUACAUGGGAACAGUUAAUAUAGUACAAGAACCAUGUUUAGGCCAAUGAAUGUAUAGUGAAAUAUUGUAUCAAUAUUCAUUAGUUUGCGGAAUAUAAAUUUUCAAACUUU